CACCCCCAGAGCGCGAAAAUUAAAGCGACGCGCACGCCAUGUUCCCCUGCUCCUGCUCCUCCUCCUCCUCCUCCUGCGACUUCCUCGACUUCAACCCCGCGCCAGUGCGCCGCGUCUACAGCACCGGGGACCUCCAGGGGAUGAACGGGUUGCAGGUCUCGGCGGCGGAGAGCUACAACAUCAAUGGCCACGAGGGGGGAGGGAUUGGAGGGCGCGUUGGGCGCUACAGCGCGGAGGAGAGGAAGGAGAGGAUCGAGAAGUACCGGAGCAAACGCAAUCAGAGGAACUUCCACAAGAAGAUCACUUAUGCUUGCAGGAAGACAUUGGCCGAUAGCCGGCCGCGAGUGAGGGGCCGGUUCGCGCGAAACGGUGAGCCAGAGAUGGAGACGGAGGUGGAGAUCGAGACGGAGGCGGCGGAGAACGGGUAUUAUGAGAAUUUCGACUACAACGUCUGCAACAACUACGACCAAACACAAAACAGCGGCGGUGGCGGCAGCGAGAAGACACUAGCGGAUAGCUGGCCGCGAGUGAGGGGCCGAUUGGCGCGGAAUGUGGAGGCGGAGAUGGAGGUCGAGACGGAGGCGGCGGAGAACGGGUAUUGUGAGAAUUUCGGCUACAACAUCCACAGCAGCUACAACCAAACGCAGAACGGUGGCAGUGGCAACGACAGCAAUACACAGUGGGGGCCUCAGACUUCGGCAUUAACAGACGAGGAGGAGGAUCGCUACUACGUCGGCGAUGAGCUAUGGGUCGAGUUUGGCGACGUGUUCUCCGUGAACUUUCUCUCUUAAAAGUUAACGCGGACGAGAAAGAGAGGAGCGAGAAAAUAAGAAGAGAGGGAUUAGUGGGAUGAUUUGGUGUAAUCGUACUUAGCACGUAAGUAGAGAGAGAGAGAGAGAGAGAGAGAGAGAGAGAGUGUGUGUGUAGAGAGAUAGUUGGGGAUGUGGCUGCAACCUUAAAAAGCAGUAGCUUUUUGGUUGGGUCUGAGACGUCGCUUACUUGCUCUCUCUUACUGCUUCUUUUGACUUUUUUUACUCUUCCUCCAUAAAAGGGGCUUUUUA